GUUUCGUUGACUCCUGGAGCAGAAAUCUCUCGUGCUCUGGCUGUGUUGCUAAUGUAAAUCUUUGAAUAAUUUAACGGUUAUCUGAGGCGAAAGAGACCGUUAGCUAUCUGUCAGCUAAUAUUGUGCGGUAUGCCGCCGUUUAACGAGUGGACACUCGGUUAGCGAGCUAAGAUAAGUAUGUUAUCGAUAAAAACGCCUUAAUAGCUCGGCGGCAAUGUAAGUAAUAUUAUGUGUGAUAAUAUAAUGAUAAGGAUAGGUGUGACAGUCACUGUCUGUGUCGCCUGUUUUGUCAUACAGUGUUGAGAACUGAUGUCUGGUGCUACAGUAUUAAAUCUUGCUAAUAUCCAUGCUAAAUGUAGUUAAUUGUCCCUGACAGCACAGCCACACAUUAUCUCGUUAUCACCCAUUAACUAGCUAUUUUAGCCACAUUACCAAAAUAUUAGACUUACCUGGUUUGGAAGGGGGUCUGGCCAAUUUAUUACAGGUUUAAUUUCCCUAAUGGCAAAAGAGGAAUACAUUGCACAAUGGAACAAAACAGGGGACACUUCAACACUACGAAACAGGAGACUCUUUCCCACCUCAGAAAAGACCCCAUCAGUUACAUUAUCGAAGGACAAACACAGCCAGACUGCUGGACACUUGUCAGAGGAUGACACCCAGUCUUCAAACGGGACAUCUGCUCAGCUUCCGGCCAGAGAAGAUGUCAGGGGGGACACUCCAAGCAGGGUGCUGCUGAUGUUGGUGGUCGGGCUGUCUUUCUCUACACGUCUCUACAAGAUUACAGAGCCCCCUCAUGUGUGCUGGGAUGAGACGCACUUUGGAAAGAUGGGGAGCUACUACAUCAACAGGACCUUCUUUUUUGAUGUCCAUCCUCCUCUUGGAAAAAUGCUGAUAGGUCUCGCCGGGUACAUGACCGGAUAUGAUGGCACCUUCCCUUUCAUAAAGCCAGGAGAUAAAUAUGAGCACCACAACUACUGGGGAAUGAGAGGGUUUUGUGCCAUGUUGGGCUCCUGUCUCCCAGUCUUUGCCUACCUCAUAGUGCUGGAGUUGUCUCAGUCUCACACUGCUGCUCUCAUCACUGCCACCCUGCUCAUAUUUGACACUGGCUGUAUCACCAUUUCCCAGUACAUCCUGUUAGACCCUAUUCUCAUGUUCUUCAUCAUGGCAGCAGUGCUGAGCAUGGUCAAUUUCAACCAGCAGAGAUACAGGCCUUUUACUGCCUCCUGGUGGCUGUGGGUGGUACUGACAGGUGUAAACCUUGCCGGGGCAUUGGGGGUGAAGUUUGUGGGUCUGUUUGUCAUCCUGCUGGUGGGACUGAACACAGUCUGGGACCUCUGGAGACUUUUGGGAGACCUGAGCCUCUCACUGGUGGACAUCACAAAGCACUUCCUGGCUCGGGUUGUUGGACUCAUCCUGCUUCCAGUCUUCCUCUAUGUUACAAUCUUUGCAAUCCACUUUGUUGUGUUGAACAAAAGUGGACCAGGAGAUGGUUUCUUCAGUUCAGCCUUUCAGUCUCGUCUAAUCGGGAACAAUCUCCACAAUGCGUCCAUGCCUGAGUACCUGGCAUAUGGCUCCACCAUCACAGUAAAGAACCUCCGUAUAGCUGGAGGCUAUUUGCACUCUCACUGGCACUUAUACCCAGAAGGAGUGGGAGCAAAGCAGCAGCAGGUGACAGCCUAUCUCCAUAAGGACUACAACAACUUGUGGCUUGUUCACAGACAGGAUGACAAUGGAUCUCAAUCUGGGACACCUGAUCUGGUUCGUCAUGGUGAUAUAAUUCGACUGGAGCACAAAGAGACAACCCGUAACCUUCACGCUCACCUCCAUGAGGCCCCUCUGACCAAGAAACACUUCCAGGUUACAGGCUAUGGCAUCAAUGGCACAGGUGACACCAACGACCUGUGGCAGGUGGAGGUGUGUGGAGGCCGGAAGGGCGACCUGGUGAAGGUGCUGCGCAGCAAAGUCCGCUUUCUGCACCGAGCUACUGGCUGUGUGCUUUACUCCUCUGGGAAGACUCUCCCAAAGUGGGGCUGGGAACAGGUGGAGGUGACCUGUAGUCCUUACUUGAAGGAGACUCCAAGCUCUCAGUGGAACAUUGAGGAUCACAUCAACCCCAAAUUGCCCAACAUUAGCUUGUCUGUGCUGAAGCCCCAUUUUCUGGAGAUCCUGCUGGAGUCUCACAUUGUCAUGAUAAGAGGUAACAGUGGUUUGAAACCCAAAGAUAAUGAGAUGAACUCGAAACCCUGGCACUGGCCCAUCAAUUACCAGGGAUUGAGGUUUUCUGGAGUGAAUGACACAGAGUAUCGUGUUUACCUGCUGGGGAACCCUGUUAUCUGGUGGAUGAACCUGGCCAGUUUGGGAGUCUAUCCUAUCAUGGUGGCCGUGGCAGCUAUAGCCCUCCAAAGAGGUUUCUCACUGGGCCAGAAAAGAAUAGAGCAUUCCCGUGUGCUCAUGAGAGAGGGAGGACUGCUACUCCUCGGCUGGCUGCUGCACUAUGCACCUUUCUAUACAAUGGGUCGUGUCCUCUACUACCACCACUACUUCCCUGCAAUGCUCUUCAGUAGCAUGCUAACAGGAAUUAUAUUUGACAUCCUGCUGAAAAGCACUGACCUGCUACUCCGCCCUCCUUAUUGUGAUUGGCUGCAGAGACUGGGACAGAUGGUGCUUCUGUUGAGUGUUCUUUACAGUUUCUACCUGUUCCACCCACUCUCCUACGGCAUGACGGGUCCUCUGGCACACGAGCCGGGCAGCUCCAUGGCUGGUCUGAAGUGGAUGGACUCCUGGGAGUUCUAGUCAGCUCUGCACGAAGAAUACACUAAUAGUUUUGAUGUAUAACUGUUCUAAAUACGAGGGACUUAAACCAAUCAUGUGUCUCACAGACUUGUGUUGUUUUUUUUUGUUUACACAGAAGGAUAAUUUUCCUAAGGUACUGACUGAACACACGCCUAUAGAAUCUCUACCCGUCAAUGUAUUUAUGUGUCUCAACAUUUCCAAGUAUUAUAGUCUGUAAUGUGUAAAGACAGCUGUAUGAGGCAGACCUGAAUCAGUGCAAUACGGAAGCCAGAGCGUUGUGAAGUAUUUUAAAACACCGAUCGACACACUAAUCGUCACCAAGCUGCCUUAACUCACAACACAUCCCACAUCCUGGACUUACAUAUGAACAUGUGUAUACUGUACGUCACAAUAAUAAGCUCAAGUGCCUGAAAGGAGCUCGUGAAAGUUAAAAUGCUGCAUCCUGGUGUCGGUCAGUUUUAAAGAAAACACUUUGUUACAUAGUUACAGGCUAUCAGAGAAUGUAUUUUCAUUUGCAAUGUCUUGAUCUUAGUGCCCGGUAUUUUUGUAUUGUAUUAGCCAUCGGUGCUGUCCAGUACUGUAAACGACUACUACUGACUCUCUGUGUCAUACGUACAUUUCAGUAUGAUCAAUAAACAGUGAUAUUUUUGUA